CACGUGACCUCUAACCUUCGGUUUCACGUGGUUGAAUCGAGGAGGAUAGAAACGCGUGGAGCGACCGGAGAGGAGCGAUGAAGAAAGCGGCGGGGAAAAGAGCGUUGAAGAGGAGUAAAGAAGAGGAAGAGGAGCAGAACCAGAUCUUCAACUUUAACAGGAAACCUGCUGAUGAAGAUAAGGAUGAUGAUUUAUCAGAUAGCGAGGACAGUGUCUACUCAGGACUGGAGGAUUCUGGGAGUGACUCUGAGGAGGAAGAGGGAUCUGAUGACGAUGAGAAAGAGGGAUCUGAUGACAAUGAGGAAGAGGGAUCUGAUGACGAUGAGAAAGGGGGAUCUGAUGACGAUGAGAAAGAGGGAUCUGAUGACGACAAGGUAAAGUGUAAGCAGAUGAAGGAAAAGAAAGAGGGAGAAGGGAGUGAAGAAAAGAAGAAAGAUGAGUAUGAACACGAUUCUUCAGAUGAAGAGGAUAUCAGGAACACAGUGGGGAACAUUCCUAUGGAGUGGUACAAAGAUUUCCCUCACGUUGGGUACAAUCUGGAUGGGAAAAAAAUCUACAAGCCAAUAAGGAACAAGGAUGAGCUUGAUGACUUCUUGGAUAAGAUGGAGAACCCGGAGUACUGGAGAACGGUGCAUGACAAGCAGACAGGAAGUGACGUCGUGCUGUCCGAUGAUCAGGUGGAGCUGGUGAACCGUCUGCAGAGAGGACAGUUUGGAGAUGUCAACUUCAAUGAGUACGAGCCAAUGGCAGAAUUCUUCAGCAGCGACGUGAUGAUUCAUCCCGUCACCAACAGACCUGCAGACAAACGCAGCUUUAUCCCCUCGCUCACAGAGAAGGAGAAGGUGUCCAAACUGGUCCAUGCCAUAAAAAUGGGUUGGAUCAAACCCAGGCGGGUAGAGGAUGAUGGCAGGGGGCGGUAUUACGACUUGUGGACCAGCGAGGACUCUUCCAUUCUGGCCAGACAUAGGAUGCACCUGCCCGCCCCCAAAAUCCCUUUACCUGGUCACCAUGAGUCCUACAACCCACCGCCCGAGUAUCUGUUUACUGACGAGGAGCGAGCACUGUGGGAGCAACAGGAUCCAGUAGACAGAAAGUUGCCGUUUGUUCCAAGGAAGUACUCGAGCCUCCGUCAGGUUCCAGCAUUUUCUCAUUUCAUCCACGAGAGGUUCGAGCGCUGCCUCGACCUUUAUCUGUGCCCACGACAGAGGAAGAUGAGGGUGAAUGUGAAUCCAGAGGAUCUGAUUCCCCAACUUCCCAAACCAAAGGACCUUCAGCCAUUUCCCACCACACAGUCGCUGGUCUAUCGAGGUCACAGCGGUCUGGUUCGCUCUAUCAGUGUGUCUCCAUCGGGACAGUGGCUUGCAUCAGGUAACCUCAGCUUGUCCCACUCACACAUCAAUAGAAACUGUUGUUUAAAUACUCUAGAAACAAGCAGGAUUUUAAACUCAUCCCUCCCCUCCCACUGAUGUGAUCCUGUCCCUCUGUUUCUCUCUGGUUUCAGGGACUCUGUGGUCUUGAUCCUGUCUCCCUCUCUGGCAGAUAAACAGGUCACCUUGUCGUCAGAACGACUCCUCAGUGCCCAGCAGGAGGGGGAGGAGCCAGCAGAAGGAAAUGGGUCUGUUGUCUGGAGCGAGGCUGAGGGGGAAGAGCUAAACCAGGGGCUCCGCCUCAAAAUCCAACACCCCAAAGCUGUUCACCAGGUGGUGUGGCAUGCUAAAGGAGACUACCUAGCAUCAGUGAUGCCAGAUAACACAAGCCACCUGCAGGUGUAUAUCCACCAGCUGAGCCGGAGGCGGAGUCAGAACCCCUUCAGCAAGAACAAAGGCCUGGUCCAGUGCGUAUCCUUCCACCCAAUCAGGCCCUAUUUCUUUGUGGCCACACAGCGCUCGAUCCGCAUCUACAACCUCGUCAAACAAGAAAUGACUAAAAAACUCCAAACCAACUCCAAGUGGAUCUCCAGCAUGGCUGUCCAUCCAGGAGGUGAUCAUGUGAUCUGUGGGAGUUAUGACUGUAAGCUGAGCUGGUUUGACCUCGAUCUGUCAACUAAACCCUACAAGAUGCUCCGACACCAUAAGAAAGCAGUGAGGGGUGUGGCCUAUCACAGACUGUACCCGCUGUUUGCCUCGGCGUCUGAUGAUGGCUCAGUGAUAGUCUGUCACGGGACUGUUUACAAUGACCUUUUGCAGAAUCCACUCAUCGUCCCAGUGAAAGUCCUCAGAGGUCAUGUGAUGACUCAUGAUCUUGGUGUUCUGGAUGUGACCUUUCACCCCACGCAACCCUGGGUCUUCUCCUCUGGCGCUGAUGCUACUAUCCGCCUCUUCACAUAGCAACAUGCUUAGCAACCACAGAUGCCGUUUUUCUAAUGUUUUUACUUUCAGACACAAUGUCUUAACAUGUGACACCAUGAGUCCUUGCCUCACUGGUCUCCUUGCUGUGAUGUCAGUUCCUUUUUGAAUAAACUGAACUGUUUUUGAGUGUAUGUGUGUAUGCUGUCAGUCUGGUGAAAGGAGCUGAUAUUGAUCAGCAGUCAUCAUCAACAUCCCUUUCCUGUCUAGGGCCAUUAAAGGUGAAUAAAAACA